CUCAUCAAUGGAUGACUUUUAUUCUUCUAUAUGGCUUCAUCAAGAGGUAUCAUCAAAUGUGCAUGUUGGGAGCAUCGAUGAAAUAAGCCAGAAUCUGCAGAACACUCUGUUCGAGCUAGAAACAUUGAAAAUUGAAGCCAAUGAGGAAUCAAGAACACAUAGAGAAGAAGUCAAUCAGCUACUCACUCUACUCAAAUCCACUCAACAAGAACGAGAUGAAGCUAGAGAGCAACUAUCUCAGUUUCUCAUCCAAACCCAAAACACUAAUUCAAGAACCACCACUGAAUCGAACAGCUUCUCUGGUGACGGAUCUUCUUCUCCCCCUUCUUCCUCGGAACUCUCCAGCCUCCUGGCCAUUCAUCAUCCUCAGCCGUUGAUGGUCCUCGAAGAUCCAAUGGCUCAUAAUCAUCACCAGCCCCACGAUCCUCUAGACGUUCUAGUGAUAGGGAAGGCUUUUCCGGAAACGGGAAAGCUUUUAAAAGCGGUGGUGGAAGCUGGACCGCUUCUUCAAACGCUUCUCGUGGCGAGGCCACUUCCGGAAUGGGUAAACCCACCGCCUCAAACGCAAUCGCAGCGUUUUGAAUUACCUCCUACUGUCUCGUUUAAAGGGUGCGAUGAUGUCACUAGUAGCGGCGCGUCAGGACGAUGUGAUUCACUGAUGUGUUAUGAUUCGGUUAUGAGAUUCGGGUUGAGUUCAAGUUCGGUUAUCGAUCAAACGGUGUUAACCGGGAAGAGGCAGAGAUUAGAGUAGCGAACUGAUUAUUUAACGAGAUUUAUCAGAGCAGCAGUAUUGUAAGUUUGGUGAUUAUUUUGUCCUUUCUUUAUGAUUCUAUCUCUGGUUCGACCGGCUCGGUUAUAUGUAAGACUUGGUAACGUAAGGAUAAAUUUGUUCUCGGAUACCAAGCACGGU